AUCAAAUCUAAUAUAUAAGAUAUGUUAUUAAAUACCAUAACAAACGAAAAUUUAUCCAAUUCCUUGAACAUUGGAAUAAAUAAAAUAGAAGCUCAUAAUAUCACUAUAUUGCAUAUAAUACAAGCAUAUUUAUGCCAAAGAUAUUACAUUCGUAACAACUCAAAAUAUAUAAGAGCAAAAAUAUGUAUACUGAUAUUAAAAUUAAUCAAGAAUAAAUAUAGAUUACCGCAAAUUUAUAAACUCAUUAAAGUUGUGUCAGAAUCAUUAUUGAAACAAUUUGAUAUGAUUAUAUUUGAUUGUCUUAAACUAACAUCCAAUAAAUUGCAAGAACUAUUUUUGCAAGUUGAAAAAUCAUAUAUAAACUUAAAGAUGCUUUUACCAAAAUCCAGUUAUAUUACACUGAAUUUUAUUACCGAAUAUUUCGAAACACCAUUUAUACAAACACUAGACGGUAAAAUGGAGAGAAAUGAUCACACACAGCUAUUUCGUUAUGGAGCUUACAAUUUAGCUAUACUAUAUUACAAAAUGCAAAAUAAGGAAAAAAUUCAAAAUCACUUGGUGGAAUCCCUCCGUAUUAUAUACACGAUAAAAGACGAGAAUCUCUUGAACCAUUGCUUGAAUUUGUUGCAACUCACUAUACUACACUUCCAAGUCCUGAAAAAUGAAACCUGUCCGGAUGUUAACAAGAUAUUGACCGAUUUUUUUUUCAUCUUUGAUGAGUUGAACGAAAAACAAAUGAACAAUUCCCCUCUUUUGUUGCAAGACGCAAGAAAUUUCGAUAAAAACCUUUUUACAAAAAGUUCUUUAUUCACAUUAAGUUGUUUUAUGAUGGAAACAGGCACCCUGCCCAGUAUUAUAACUGCUCUGCUAAUAAACCUGAGACAAAGUAAUGACAACAUAAACGUAGAAGAAAUUUAUACUGAGCCUGGAAAUUUGAAUCGAAAUAUUUUAAAUAUGCAGUUGUUUACCUCCCAUUUGAUGAUAUCGUCUUAUUUAAUGCUGUGUGGUGCAUCCAUUUAUGUUAGGGAAACUUUGACUUAUCAAUUGCACUAUAAUUUUGAACUUUACGAAAACAAAUAUUUGGAUUCUAAAUUGGGAUAUUUAUACGUUGCCAAUACCUUACAUCAAAAUGGAAAUUAUUCAUCGCGAAAUGUGGUUUUGCAAUUUUUAUUAAAUGAAAAUAAUUUUGAUAUGGAAUUCGAAAAUACAUUACAUAAUUACGAUUCAUGUACCGAGAUUUAUAUAUCUUGCGUAGAAAUGCUUUUAGAAGAAUAUAUAGACUCAAAAAAGAAUUCGCUGGAUCCAUUUGCAAAUAAUAAGAUCGGAAUGAUAAGUGAUUUGACAAAUGAUUUAUUCUACUACGAUAACCAUGUUGCAAAUUAUUGGUACGCUUAUUUUUGCAUGGACGUUUUAAGUGACUUUGAAAGAGCAUUUCUCAUAUUAUCUCGAUAUACAUACGAUGCACUUACUUCAAAAAAUCAUGGACGCUUAACUAAUUAUCAAUAUCAAUAUUUAAGAGUCAAAUGUUUAUUAUUACUUUCAAACUUAUAUACUGAAAUCGAACAACCAUAUAAAGCAAUAUCGAUUAUUAACAUGGCAUUAAAUAUAUGCUCAAAAUUUCAUUUUUACUUGUUGAAAUCGUUUCUAAUAAUGAAUUUGGCCAACGUGAAGAAAAACAUAGGUGACUGGCACAACUCCAAGCUAGCUCUAAGCAUUUCACACCCAGCUUUGCAAUAUAUCUUAUCGAAUUGCUCAAAUGCCCGAGAUUUACAGAAUGCUAAAAUUUUAUACAGAGAUAUAUAUAACCAUUAUCUAUCAAUGGGUCAUAAUUUAUCAACAUUUUAAGUGCAAAUAUUCGAAAAAUAUAUGUAAUAUAAAUAUAUUCUGCCGUCGAAAUUUUAGUGUAUGUUAAAAAAAUGCUCUGCUAGAGCUAGAUAUAUAUUGAAUUUGUUUUG